AGCGAUCCUUUUGCUGCUCACCAUGAAUACAUGCGGCAGAUGAUGAGAAGCUUCUCUGAUCCUUUUGGACGAGAUCCAUUUCUCAGUAUAACAGAUGGUGGGGAGAGAACCGUAGAUCGAAGAGCACACCAGGACUCUCAGGUUGCUCUAAGAGGAAAUCGCAGACAGGAUGCAGAUUUUGGGGAACCUUUUUUUGCAAUGGACAGGAUGAUGUCAAAUAUGAGAAACAGUAUGCUGGAAAUGCAAAGAAAAUUUGAUGACCUGUCCAUCCAUCCUGAUGCACACACAUUCAGCUCUUCCUCUGUGAUGACAUAUUCCAAAAUAGGGGAUGAACCACCGAAAGUUUUCCAAGCUUCAGCUCAAACACGCACAGCUCCAGGCGGGAUUAAGGAGACAAGGAAAGCACUUAAGGAUUCUGAAAGUGGACUGGAAAAAAUGGCUAUUGGUCAUCAUAUUCAUGAUCGUGCUCAUGUCGUUAAAAAGUCAAAGAACAGGAAGACUGGUGAUGAAGAACUGAACCAAGAAUUCAUCAACUUGGAUGAAACUGAGGCUCAGACCUUUGAUGAAGAGUGGCAGAAGGAGAUUAUGAAGUUCAAGCCAUCUAGAACUAGAUGCACUUUAGAAGCUCCAAAAUACAGAAGUAUUCAUCACGUACCCAAGGAAGGUGGAUUAAGAAGGGAGAAACCACUUGCAAUUGCAAGUUCAAGGGAGCCCAGAGUUUCUUUGGAGAAUCUGAAUGUGAAAGGAACACAUGUCCCCAUCAAAAGCAGCAAAAAAUAAAUUGCUUCCAUUCUCCAUUUGAAUGGAGUUUCUUCAGAGAAGAUAAUGGUGCUGCAUUGCUUAUGUUCGUACAAGUAUACACAUAUAUAUGACCAAUUGCUGUUUUUUGUUUUAGUAUUAGCGUGCCUUGCUACUCUGAUCUUUUGACAACUGAAUGUUCUUUAAAACUUCAGAUCCUUGGUUAAAC